AUGGAGGGGCCGAGCGGGUCCAGCUUCGGGAUAGACACGAUCCUGUCGGGCGGCAGCACCGGCAGCCCCGGAGUCAUGAACGGAGACUUUCGCCCCCACGGCGACGGCCGGCCAGCGGAUUUUAGGAGCCAGGCCACGCCGUCCCCCUGCUCGGAGAUCGACACGGUGGGGACGGCGCCCUCGUCGCCCAUCUCGGUGAGCAUGGAGCACCCCGAGCCGCACCUGGGGGUGGCGGAGAGCCUCCCGCCGCCGCCACACCACCUCCACCUCGGCCCGCACCCGCCGCCGCCGCCGCCGAGUUUGCAGCCGUCGCCCCCGCAGCCGCCGCCGCCCCAGCUGGGCUCGGCCAGCUCCGGCCCCAGGACUUCCACCUCUUCUUUUUUAAUUAAGGACAUUUUGGGCGACAGCAAACCGCUGGCGGCGUGUGCACCUUACAGUACCAGCGUCUCCUCUCCCCAUCACACCCCCAAGCAGGAGGGCAGCGCGGCCCCGGAGAGCUUCAGGCCCAAACUCGAGCAGGAGGACGGCAAAGCCAAGCUCGACAAGCGCGACGACACGCAGGGCGACAUCAAAUGCCACGGGACAAAGGAGGAAGGCGACCGGGAGAUCAGCAGCAGCCGGGACAGCCCUCCGGUGCGGGCCAAGAAGCCGCGGAAGGCGCGGACCGCCUUUUCCGACCACCAGCUCAACCAGCUGGAGCGCAGCUUCGAGCGGCAGAAGUACCUGAGCGUGCAGGACCGCAUGGACCUGGCCGCCGCCCUCAACCUCACCGACACGCAGGUGAAAACCUGGUACCAGAACCGGAGGACGAAGUGGAAGCGGCAGACGGCGGUGGGCCUGGAGCUGUUGGCUGAGGCCGGGAACUACUCGGCCCUGCAGAGAAUGUUCCCCUCGCCCUAUUUCUACCACCCCAGCCUGCUGGGCAGCAUGGACAGCACGACGGCGGCCGCGGCGGCCGCGGCCAUGUACAGCAGCAUGUACCGGACUCCCCCCGCGCCGCACCCCCAGCUCCAGCGGCCGCUGGUGCCGCGGGUGCUGAUCCACGGGCUGGGGCCCGGCGGGCAGCCGGCCCUCAACCCCCUGGCCAACCCCAUGCCCGGCACCCCGCACCCCCGGUGA